UUGUUUGGAAAAUCAUAACCGGCUACAAGAAGUUCACCCAGGAAUCAGAAACGAAAGUAAACAACUUUGAAGAAAUGCUGUGACGUGCUAAUCUGGAAAGUGAAACCUUGAGCUUUAUAAACCACUUGAAAGCGCAGAGCGUGAGAGUGCAGAAUGAUCUGUGGACGACUCGGAUACUACAGACAUGGAUUUAGAGGACAUGUGUUUAAAUUUUCACAUUGGUAACAUGACUGAAGACGAGGACACGAUGGCGGUGGAGGCUCACGUCCGGGCUUUGGCCCUCUUGGGAGAUGCUCUGAGAAAAAAAGAAUGGCUGCUGCUGGACAGAGAAAUCGAAUAUGAGAAGAGUCAAGAAUUGAAUCCCAACUGUCCAUUUCUCCACCAACAGCUGGUUUUGAAUCUCGUCCACAAACUACAGGAGGUCCAACUUCUUAAAAAUGGAGAUUCGGCUGCCUUGACUCAUGUCUAUCCAUACCCAGACAGUGUCAGUAUUGUCCUCGACCAAUCAUUCUGGGAAAAAAAAGAAUAUCUGGAUCAAUGGUCUCGUCCUGGCACCUUGAUCUUGGCAGCUAGCCAAAUUCUGGGCUACAGAGAAAACAUAUCGGACACAUAUGGUGCUGGUACUCUAACCGCCUCUGACAUUCAUGCUGCCUUUGAAAUUUGGAUGAACCACAAUGGCAUCUACAAAAACGGCAUUUAUUCCUGCUGUGGGGAGGCGCUCAGGGACUCUGUGUGUGAGGAGUCUUCAAUGAGCCAUUCUUUGCUUCCCUAUAUGAAUAAAUCUGAUGAGACAGACCUGAAGAAGGCAACUCUGAAGAUCCUCUGGGAUUGCCAGAAGAAGUGCCUCCUGGUGGAACCUUUAGAAGAGCCACAAGCUCUACUGACCUUACCCAAGUUCCCAAUCAUCACGAAAAGUCUGGUGGAAGAACUCAUAGAAAAGCUUCAACAAGUAAAAUUUAAAUGUGACACCAGAGCCAACGGUAUCAAGAUAGCCUACACCGAUCCCAGAACCAGGAACAUCAUUUAUGUGGGCAACCUCUUCUGGAAAGAGAAAGAUUACCUCGGCAGAGGAUCCCGCCUGGGCACAAUAAUCCUUUGUGUUGCGCAACUGCUUGGAUACCCACAUCUUUUUGAUGGUGCCACCAAAGACGUUACAUCAGAGACGACAGCGGAACAUCAAGGGUCCAAUUCACCAAGAUCCUUAAAAGAAAACCUAAACAAAAAUAUUCACAAUCAUAAUAGAGAUUCUCCUCUUCCCUUAAAAAAUUCCACCCCCUCAAACACUGGAGACCCACUCUUCAACAAAUCUGAGACCUACGGCGAAUUCAAAAACACAGCAGAUACAAUUUGUGCCGCAUUUGAAAUAUGGAUGAGCCACAAGGGAAGCUAUGAGAAUAGAUCAUACACUUGUUGUAUGGAGACUGCUCGGCACUCGGUGUGCAAAAACUCCGUUAUGAGAUCGUGUUUAAAUGAACUACAAUUAUGUUUAAAGGAUUUUAAAGAAGAGAAGGUAACCUGCAGACCAUAAGGCCCCUUUCACACGGACACGUUUCUCAGG